AUCAUUCUCUACUGCUGUCCCCUUGUUUAUAUAAACUAAACGCAACCUUCCUUCCAUUGGUUUUCUCCUCUCUCCUACGCAACCACCAACUACCCCUUUUUUCCGAUCUAUCACUUGCCGUCGACGGCACCGGCACCGCCACCAUGAUGCACAUGACCUUCUACUGGGGCCGAAAGGUCACUCUGCUUUUCGAUUCAUGGAGCACGGACUCAUGGUUCAGUUACUCUCUCACCUUAAUCGCUUGCCUCCUCUUCUCCGUCUUCUACCAAUACAUGGAAGAUCGCCGUCUCCGAUUCAAGCUCCUCUCCUCUUCCGCCCUUCGCAACAACGCCGAUGGAGCUGUCGACACCACUCCUCUCCUCUACACCAAGAUAUUCGCCGGCGGUAGCCGGUGGAAUCUCGGCAGGUUUGCUGGAUCUGCGCUCUUCGGGAUUAAUUCCGCGCUUGGUUACUUCCUCAUGCUUGCGAUCAUGUCGUUUAACGCCGGUGUGUUUGUCGCCAUCGUCUUCGGACUCGCCGUUGGAUACUUGUUGUUUAGGAGCGGCGAUGAUGAGCAAGUGGUUGUUGUUGAUAAUCCUUGCGCUUGUGCUUGACAUUUGAUCUUGUUUUCGCUUCUUUCUAGACCGAUCUAAUCAAAAUUGGGGACCGCCUCUCUGUAUUUUACAUUUGAUAGGAUUGAAACCUAAACCUACAUGUACGUAAGUUUGAAUUUAUAUGGUUGUUCUGUAUUAUUAUUAUCAUCAUCAUCAUCAUCAUCUAUUGUUGUUUGAAUCAAAUCUAAUUUUCUCAAUGAUAAACUUUGACCUUCUAA